CCUCCCUCCCUCCCCCCUUCGCUUUCCAGUGUAGUGCGUUGAUUUCAUACCAAAGUCAUACUUAACAUUCCACAUAUACUGUCAAACCUCCGGAGAAAAUAUUGGGGCGCAGAAAUUGGCCCCAAAAGUCGCAUCUUGAGCAAGUUUGUGUUGCGGGAAGGACGAAUUGGAGCAAGCGGUUCUACCCGACAAGCACAGCAGAACCGUUUUGGAGCGAUUUUGGAGUCGACUGCUUGAGUCUGGUUCGGAACUCUGCAUUUGCUGAGCUCUUCUAUCGAUCCUUUCGUAUUGGGGCUCGGGGUCGGGCCCAGGGGGAGCCGCCACCAUUGCGUCUCACGAUUGGAGUGCCAACGGAAGCCCAGAAGAUGGGCUGGACGGCGGGGACAACGAGGACAAAGCCAUCGACGGCGACGCCGAGGGCGUUUGGAGCCCGGAUAUCGAGCAGAGUUUUCAGGAGGCCCUCGCCAUCUACCCUCCUUGCGGCCGGAGGAAAAUCAUCCUGUCGGACGAGGGCAAGAUGUACGGACGCAAUGAAUUGAUAGCGCGCUACAUCAAACUGAGGACGGGGAAGACUCGCACAAGAAAACAGGUGUCUAGUCACAUACAGGUGUUAGCACGGAAGAAAGUUCGUGAAUACCAGGCGGGUAUCAAGGUUUCUAGCCACUUGCAGGUUCUCGCCCGGAGAAAAUCUCGCGAGAUCCAGUCAAAGCUAAAGGCGAUGAAUUUGGAUCAGGCGUCCAAAGACAAAGCCUUGCAGAACAUGGCGGCGCUGUCGUCGGCGCAGAUCGUCUCGCCGAGCAUGAUCAAGAAUCAUCUUCCACCAAUGCCCCCCGCCCCCUACCAGCCAAGCAGAUUCUGGCCUUCGGCAAUUCCGGGACAGCCUGGACCCUCUCAGGAGCUGGUUCUAGAUCUCAACCCGGGAAGGACUCCUGGGCUUGGUCGCACCAGCCAUGCUAUCAAACCUUUUGCACAGUCCCCCUACCCAAGCCUAUCGGGUCCUGUACCGCAGUCCAUACCAAGUUACGAGCCCUUGGCGCCGCCUCCCCCGCCCACGGCCACAGCGGUGCCAGUGUGGCAGGACCGGACCAUUGCAUCGUCAAAGCUGCGCAUGUUGGAAUAUUCCGCCUUCAUGGAAGUCCAAAGGGACCCAGACACUUACAGCAAACACCUGUUUGUCCAUAUAGGACAGACCAACCCCUCCUACAGCGACCCACUCCUCGAGGCUGUGGACAUCCGGCAGAUCUACGAUAAGUUCCCUGAGAAGAAGGGCGGUCUCAAGGAGCUUUACGAGAAAGGCCCUCAGAACGCAUUUUUCCUAGUUAAAUUUUGGGCCGACCUGAACAGCAGCGGCAUGCAGGACGGCCCCGGUUCUUUCUACGGGGUCACCAGCCAGUACAGCAGCUCCGAGAACAUGACCAUCACCGUUUCAACCAAAGUCUGCUCCUUUGGGAAGCAGGUGGUGGAAAAGGUCGAGACGGAGUACGCCCGCCUGGAGGGGGGCAAGUGCGUUUACAGGAUCCACCGCUCCCCCAUGUGCGAGUACAUGAUCAACUUCAUCCACAAGCUCAAACACUUGCCUGAAAAGUACAUGAUGAACAGUGUUCUUGAAAACUUCACCAUCCUACAGGUGGUAACAAACCGCGACACCCAGGAGACGUUGCUGUGCAUCGCGUUCGUGUUCGAGGUGUCCACGAGCGAACACGGCGCUCAGUACCACGUCUACCGACUUGUGAAGGACUAAGCAAAAAAGAAAAAAAAAAAAGUGAAAACAUCCCCCUGCUCCCCCUUUUCAACCAGCAAAACCACAAACAACGCUAGAGAACUAACACACACACACACAUAAGGAAUAAAAACACAAUCACGCACGUGCAUUUGUCAGACCAGUAGCUUGUGUUUCAAAAGUUUUAGGUGAAGUGGAGGUACGCCACAGAGCUUGAGGAAAUGAGAAGGUGCCAAAUGACAAGAUCACUCGGAGCAAGAGAAGAAGAUAGAACUGGACCGAAGAGGAAGUGUUGCAGUAGAUUUUGUUAGGAAAGAAAAGUGCCUUUUUUUCUCCAAAGAUUGCCUGCCACUUUGAAUUGCCUUUUGUACUACCUCUUUUUUUUUUCUUUUUCAAGUGACAGAUCAACAUAGGGCAAGUUCAAUCGGAAAUAAGCCCUACAGCCCUUUCACACCUUAUUCUGGUACUCUGUCCGUUUUUUUUUUCAUCUUGUCUUAAGCGGGGUACACACGUAUUCAUUUUUAAUAUCUGAACCCAUUUUUAAAUGUGAGAAACUCCAUCACGUGAGUUCUUGGUGCUUUUAGUGUGUGGCACAGCUUGAAAUCAACAAUCGCAAAUCUCUUUCCAAGAUGUCGGUCAUAGUAAUAUGACUGACCUGUGGGGGCAGCAUGUUGCCACAGAAAAAAGAAGAGUUGGAGAAACCUUAGGGAUUUUCAUAAAUAUUGAAUAAAUUGUUUGUGAUUCGAACUAUUGAACACGUUUAGUAUUUAUAAUCUGAGACGUCUGGGCCUUUGACUUUGAUCGGACAGGGGGGGUUCUUGAAUUUGGCCUAUUGUUGAUAUGUAUGUACCUCGCUUCAUUGGUUUCACAUCACAGUCACUAAAUCGGUGAAGUCAGACACAAGGAUUUGCAAUCGUAAUUAUUGAGCAUAAGAAUGUAAAUAUUGGACAGGAUUAACAUUUGUUUGUCAGCCCAAGCCAUCUUCCGAUAACAAAACACACCCUACAGCACAAGACCGUGACUCAGGUUAAUCUUUUUCCAGACACCUGACAAUCAGGCCUCUGCUGACUUUGAUUGGAAAAGGCGCAAUCAUGCUAAUCAUCUGUAUGCGUGUAUCCAAAGAAACUAUUUUGAGACUCUGCAGAUACUUUUACUAUCGCUUCUUUUACAUAAGGCCAAUCGUUCCAAGACCUUAUCGGAAGAUUUGUGCUCACUCGGUCGGCUGCACUGAGUCGACCGGGUCAGUCAGUGGCUGUGGUGUGAGGCCCAAAGAGACAAAAGGACAGCAGUGUUUUAUUUUUCUGCCUUGAUGUUUGUAUAUGUAGCCUAAAGUGAAAACUACAUUGUUUGUGUACUGUGAGUCAAGUGGAUCCUAAAGGAAUAUGUGUUACAUUGGAGUAUUUUUAUUUUAAGGAGGGGAGGGAACGGACUUUUCUUUGUGAUCAAGUGACCCAGCGCAGAGAGGAAGGAGCAGAUUGAAAUCCCGGUUUCUUUUGUUUAAGAAAGAAAUUGCAUGCUGUGAAGUCUUCACUUCUAUGCAGAGAAGCUUCAAUUGUUCGCUAUAUUGACAUCCGAGUCGAAACGGUUGCCUCUGUGCUGCAUGGAAUGUGAUCAUUGAUUGUUAUUUAUAGGGUUGGAAAGCAGAUAUUAAUAAUAAGGGGAGGGUGGGUACACUACGUAUUGAUUAUUUCUCCAUUGAUUUGGAGAAGCAUCUGUUUGUGUGACUCACUGGAGAUUUUUUUUUUCUUUUUCUUGCCGUAAAAUUGGACACAUUUUGACAAAAGUUCCUGCCUGGCUUUGAACGUCGUAUUUUACAACUCAGACAAACAAAAUAACGCUUUUCUUUGCUUAUCGUACGUUUUGUACCGUUUUCAUGCCAUUACCAACAUUUGUCCUUGUUUUGAUUCUGUCGACUUUUUGACUGUGAGGGUUUUGCCUCACUGAAAAAUAAUGUGUGAUUGUGCUGAUAUUGAUAAUUAAUAAGAUAUCUAAUGUAUCAUAUUCUGAAUGGUGUGGGAAGGUGUUUUAUUGUUUUUGUUGUUUUUGGUUUAAGGUGGUUUACUAUUGUUUUUGCCACAAUUGUGAAUUGCAAUUUUAUACUUCCAAAUAGAGGUUGGACUAUGUAAUCAAACCAAUGUAUCAAACAAUAAAAGACACAUGGUGCCUUUGGGGGCCAUUCUCCCCAUGA